CCAUACUCUUCCCCUCCAUCCCGGUUUCUCAUCCACCAUCUUACUCCCCCUCUUAAUAGCAAUGGUCGCCUGGAAACUCUCCUCCCUUCUUCUCCUCUCGUUGGGGGCACUCAAUGCUUUCGCGGACUCCACUGCCGAAAAAAUCGAUGAGGCUGUCGACGAGCCCCAAACGCCAAACCUGAAGAUCUCCACGAGCGUCAAAUUCCCUCAGUCCGAGAUCUUCGGCGUCAAGCUCAUCAACGGCCACGCAACCCAGGCCGUCCUCGACAUCACCAACGAAGAGCCCGAACCCGUCAGCCUCGCCCUCAUCGGAGGCUCGCUCCUCCGCGAUGGUCUCGAGAAGCCUCAGAUCGUGCGUAACUUGACCGCUGCGCGCUAUCAGAUUGAGAUCCCCGCAGGCGAAGCCGAAACCAUCACCUAUACCUUCAGCACCGAGAUGCACCCCCAGGAUGUGCGUCUGCAGCUCGUCGCCGUGCUGCAGGACAAGAAGCAGGAUUUCUACACCGUCUCCAUUUACAAUGAGACGGUCAGCGUUGUGGAGGCGCCGACUAGCAUCUUCGACCCGCAGAUCAUUUUCCUCUAUCUCGUCCUCGCCGGCGUCUUCGCUGGAACUGUCUACUUCAUCUACAACACGUGGAUCACCACUCUCUUCCCGCAAACGAAGGGCCGCGGAAAGGGCGGCGAACGCGCCAAGCGCUCCUCUGGUGGCUCCAAGAAGGUCGAUCCCGCCGACCAGGUCUCUGUUGUUGGUGCUGAUGGUCCAGCCGUCACAUCCGGCGCGAAGGCGUACGACGAGAGCUGGAUCCCUGCGUCCCAUUUGCAGAGGCCGGAGGCAAAGCGUGUACGCAGCGGCACUCCGAAGACGAAGUCUAAGGCGUAGGCCACGGGAGCGAUGAUUUAUCGUCGAUUUGAAUCAUUAGGAAGGUUGGUUAUAUUGGUUUGAUAGUAGGGCGAUACAGAAAUUGUAGGACUAUGAUUGAACAGGGUGGAGUCAAGCGAAUUUAUCACUCACGGCCGAUCAAAAGUCGAUUUGGAAACAUAUCACGACGGGUUAGAAGAGACGUCAUCAUGUACUCUGUUAGGAUAGAGGAGUGGCUUUGGCACCUUUUGUAUAGUACACUCGGAAAUCGAAUGGAUAUGAACGAGCGUCAACUCGUCGGUCAUGGGAUUUGGUCAACUAGAUGUAUAGAUGACGCCAUGAAGCAUUAUACGAGGGC